AUGCCGUCGGAUCAAGGUGGAGCAAUAUUCAUCGACGUCUCUCUAGGCCAGCGGGAUGAGCCUGGUCGAAUGCAGGUGUCUCACCAACAAGCUCACCAUUCAGCCGGAAAUACCUGGGAGAAAGGACUUAUUUACGUAGCCCCCACAUGCCAGAGCACGGAGCACAUUGUGCCAGCCUGCCGUCUUGUCGGCUGUUCGCCUCGGCCAGGCCAGGCCGUCAACAGGCCUCCCUGCGUGCCAAAUGACGAGCACGUCGUCAGCCCAUUGCAGCCCAUUGCUGGAGUGCCUUCUGACAAGAUCCCCACCCGCCUAGGCCUCGUUCUGUCACGCUCGCCGAGCGAUCUGGCCCCUACAUUGAGAGAUCGCCAGGUCCCCAUCGUCGCGCUCCUUGUCCCAGUAUAUGAGCGACCAGGAGCCUCGCUGGAGCCGUCCCGCUAA